AUGAGGUGGGACACCGCUUCUCGGAGUGCCCCCACCCUCGGUAGCCCCUGCCACCCAGACCGUUCUCUGGUGCUUGCUUUAGGUGCGGUGGGAGAGGGCACCAUAGGAGUGAGUGUCCAUGUCCUUAGCAGCAGCAGCAGUGAUGACAGUAUCAACCACCGGGACCCCAUCGGCGGCAGCAGCAGCAACAGGAUCCUUGGACAUCAGGAGGAGUCAUUGACAAUUCGUGACAUGGCACCUAAGAGAGUGACACGAGCGACUUCCGUUUCCUCAUCUGAGAUUCCUGUUCCCCCACCUGAGACUUCUGCACGGCCAUCUGAGUCUAGCAUAACACCGACCUUGUCCGACAUGACACCUAAGAGAGUGUCACGAGUGACUUCCGUUUCCUCGCCUGAGAUUCCUGUUCCCCCACUUGAGACUUCUGCACCCCCAUCUGAGUCUAGUGUAGCACCGACCUUAUCCGUAAGUGCAGUCCAGCUAUUGCAGAUGUUGCAAGCAAUGACCGCCAUUCUUCAGAGAGGAGACCGGAAGAGGAAGGCCCCCCUCUGGUAG